GCAUUGAAUUUUACUACUAUUAAAAAGUAUAUAUUGCGAAAUUUCCUUCUACCGUUGAUAAAAUUGUAACUAAUAAUUAUUCAUAAAAAUUAAAAAAAAAAAAAAUGUUUAUUGAGUCAAGGGCAGGAUUACCAAAUGGUAAUAAGUACGAUGUUGUAGAGAGUGAAUUAAAUUAUAUCAAUUCUAAAUUUAUUUCAUUGAAUUAUGAAGAAAAAAGAGCUACAAGUGAUUUUUUCACAGAGUUCAUUCCAUCAUUCGUAAAGGGAAUGAAAGCUGUUGAUAAAUUAUUUGAUUCUACGUUUCAAUCAAUAUUAUACGCUGGAAGUUACUUCGAAGGCUUAAAAGUUGGUAAACCGGAUGAAUACGAUUUGGAUUUAAUUUUUAAACUACCUAUUAAUUAUGAUGAAUUGGAAAUAACGUCGUCACCGGAGCGACCUGGUUAUGUAAAAAUUCGUCUUUCUGAUCUUGAACAUAGAAGAUUGGUUAAAGAUCAACAUUGGAAUGAAUGCUAUAGGAAAGUAAUGGCUAAGUGGUUUGAUGAUGAUAAAUUCUUUUUACCUGAUAAAUUUCGUUUUUGGCUUCAAUCGGUUGUACAAAAAACCUUAAAUCGAUACAUAUGUUCCAAUGAAUUGGCGGUAUACGUUUCUACAUCUGGUCCAGCCAUCACGUUACAUGUAUUAAAGGCUAGUACUUGGCAACGAAUUGAAUUUAGUGUUGAUUUAGUACCUGUUCUCCGAAUAUACAAUCGACAUCCACCACCGGAGAUUUGCAGAACACAUAUAAGGGACGCACAUAUUUCUUCAGGACGAAUAUUAUCCUGGUAUGUGGUACCAAAACCAGUUAAAAGUGAUUAUAUCUACAGUCGAGUUAAUUUGAAUUGGCGAUUAGCAUUUCAUGAUCAUGAAAGGAUUUUAAUAUCAGGAAACGAAAGGUUAAAACCUGCUUUGCGAUUGUUGAAAAAAUUCCGUGAUUCUCGAAAUUUUUCAAAAAUCGCCAGCUACUACUUAAAAACAAUUUGUUUGUGGGAAUUGGAUAAACCAGAAAAUUCAAAUAUUUGGACAUGGGGCUCUUUAAGUUACGUAUUUGUUCAUCUUUUAAAAGCUUUUUAUGAUUCAUUAAAAGUUGGUAAAAUCCCAUAUUAUUGGCAGAAAGAACACAAUCUACUUUCAGAUAUAAACCAAAGUACAAUUGCUGAUAUGAGCUACCUAUUAAAGAAAAUUAUUGAUAAAAUUGAAACGGAUCCGAAAUUAAUUCCCCAACUCAUUUUGUCAACAGAAGAAUAUCAACUGUAUAAGUACGAGCAAAGCCAGCGGAAUGAGAUUGAGCAGAGCGAGCGGUGUAGGAUCGAGGAACAUUUUAGAGUUAACUACGAGCAUGCAGCUGAUUCGAGAAAUGAAUCAAGUCUUUUUUGGAGAGUGAAUGUUCCGAAAUUUGUUAGAGCAACCUUGAAUCUUUAUUUUUCGCAACAGAAAACUCACCAACCUAUUCAAGAGUAAAACUUGCAUGCGCACUUCUUGCUCUAAUAGCGGAAUAAAAUAGGACAAACGGAGAAGGGGAGAAAAGAGACAAGCAUCUGAAUAUUAAAAUUAUAUAACCUUCAAACGUAAAAGUUUAAUAAAUUAUGUUCGAAUUUCGAACGAUUUCUAUCUAAAAUUUAAAACAUUUUUCGUACAUAAUUAGUCUCUAGGA